AUGAAAUCACACAACGAUAAUUUUAUGUGGGAAAUUAAUUUGAGAUUAAAAUUGCCGAGCAUCCCUAUUGCACGUUAUCAACAAGAAUUAUUUCAUUUUCGAUUGUUAAACACUCAGUGGUCCGACGAUCAACAAUUAAAUAUAGAAAAUCUUGUUAAAGACAAUGCUCAGUUUAUAUUGAAAGUGCCUACAUAUCAUGUUGAUUUAUGGUGGCCGAAUGGUUACGGUGAACAGUCAUUAUAUUAUUUAGAAAUUAAUUAUGGCACAAUUAAAAAAAGCAAAAGAAUUGGUUUCCGCACCAUCCAACUAGUACAGGAACCUUAUCCAGACCCAAUAAAAGGUAGACUUUUUCUUGUUACUGUCAGCUUCAGCUCCUGUUCUCACCAGUGCUCUUUAUCUCUCUGGAAAGGAAGAGCAGAAAGCUUUGAUCAAGAAAACAUCUUAUUCACAACAGAAC